CGUAGCUGGCGGCAGGUGUAAACAGGAUCCUAACGGCAGCUGAUAUCGCUGAAGUUUUAUUUUAAAGAGCCUUUUUGGAGCUCACUACGUUGUUGUAAGUUCGCUCGGUGUUUACAGAACACGUAACGUUUGUGUCAAGUUAGAAAAGCGAAUCCAAAAGACUUUAAGUUUCGUUUUUGUAGUUCUUUUAGCAUGGAUGCUAGCGCGGAAACGGCUAUUGAGGGUUCAGACGAUAAAGCGGAAGACCAUCAUGUAAUACAGGAUGGAGACCCGGACUUGGACCUGGACCUUGAACUGGAUUUCGCCAAAAUGGGAGUGACAGAUCUGAAACACAGGGCCCAGGCUGUGCAGACAGACAGCAUGACAGCAGAGUCCAGUGUCAGCACAGAGCCCGACUGGGAGAGUCACGUGGAGGCCGUGUUUCAGUACAGCUCCACCCUGAUGGAGCAGUACGACAAACUAUUGAAAAAACAGGAUCAAGAAGAGGUGGAACAUGAGAAGUACAAACAACAGCUGCAGAAAAGAAAGGAGGAGGCCACUCGGCAACACCAGGGUCUACUGGACAAACUGGAGUCUCUGCGAGUGAAACUGCAGCUGAACAACUCCAAGGCCACCAGGAAGAACUUCUUAGCCAAGAAAGCAGAGAUGACCACUGAGAAAAACAGAGCAGAGGAGGAGAAGAACAGGCUGGCCAAAGAGCUGGAGGAGGGUGAAAAAAAGAUGACAGCGCUUACAGAAGAGCAAAGUGAGGAACAACGGAGGUGGCAGGAGGAGCUGGAGGAGCUGAGGCAGGAGAUGGAGCGAGUGAGGAAGGAAGCACAGGAAGCUCAGCUUCAGGCCUUGCAGGACGAGAUCGCAGCUGUGGAGAAGCAGAGAGACGUAGCCAUGGCUCGCAUUGAGGCCUGGCUGAAAGAGGUGGGGCAAUACCUGAACGCACUCAGGGUGGAGUUUCCACAGCAGUAUUCUCAUGAGAGACAGAAGUGGGAGAAGAAAGAAGUGUUGGUCAGGAGGAACCAGGCUGAGCUCCAAAGUCGCUUCCAGGAGGUUCUGCAGCAGCUUCACCAGGGGCGAGAGUUAGAGUCCCUCCCUAGGAUCAAUGUGCCUUCUUUACCGCAGGUUCCCAUGGCUGAGCUGCGAUUCGAUCAGGUGAUGCAGUCACUGGUUCAGCCACACAUCAUGGCCCCGCCUCUUUCAAACCCAGCUCAUCGACCCCUCCAACAGCAGAGGCACCCACAGUAUUACCAACAGCAGCAGCAGCACCAUCACCCUCACCCGCACCAUCCCCAGUACCGUGCCCCUUACCACCACCACCCACCCCAGCAAUACUUCCAACCCUCCCCAUCAUUGCAGGACCAGCCUCCCCCUCAGCUUCUGCCUCACAUCAGAGGCCCAGUGAGGGUGACUCCCCCUCCUAGUCUGUCCCCCUCUCCCCCCUUUCAGGCCACCCACCCUGUAGCUCCUUCCCCACCACCCCACGCUGUAGCUACUACUGCAGCUUCCUCUGCACCGGCAGGCAAACUGGACAAAGUCCUGGAGAAGCUCGGUGCGAGGUUCCCACAAUGCAACAGGGCUCAGCUGACGUCUCUGCUCCAGCAGGUGAAAAGCUCUCGUGGUACCUUGGCCGGCAUGUCCAUGGAGGAAGUCAUCGAGCAGGUUGGCUUCAGGCUGGCCCAAAACGAGAGGUCAGCCCUGGGGCCCAUUAGCCGGCCCACUCCCCCAGGCCCCAUCCAGAGGCCAACGAAUCCCAUUCAGAGAGCAGCACCAAGUGGACACGCUGCCGGGCCCCGUAAACUCUGCCUGAUGUGCCAGAACCAUGUGGACCCAGAAAGCCGCCACCCACUGAGCUGCUCUCACACCAUCCACAAAGACUGUAUCCAGGUGUGGCUGCAGUCCAGCAAGAAUAACUCCUGCCCCUUCUGUCCAGCAAAGUGACAGAGAUGACAGUCAGCUGUGACUCUCAUCAGCGUCGUUCCAAAUAUUAGUUAUAUGUUAUUAUAGUGUUAUGAUAUAUUCAGUGUUUAAUUAGUCGUCUGGAUUUUUUGAACUGUCUGUUCACAGCAAACUGAAAUGUCAAGGUACUUUUAGAGCAUGUGUUAGCUACAUGCUAAACAUUGCUGAGUAAUCUGUAGUGUUUUGAAUGCUAAUACACUGGAUUUAACUGGGUGAAUUUUUAAAUACUGAAGUUUGGGUUACAGAAACGAGUUUGACUACAAAGCCUUAAAAAUCAAGUUAGUCUUCUCAAUGUCUGUAAUGUUAUUCUGCCACAGGAUGAAAAAUACAAAUGCCUACAACUCCGAAUCACACUGAUCUGUAGGUCUUAAUAAAA